GUUCCAUCUGCCAUUCAUUGUCCGAAAAAAAGUCGUAGCAGCUCAAUUGCUCCCCUAAGAAAUCACCACUGCUUCCAAGCUCUAAUCCACGCCACCACACAUUUUCCCUAUCCAAUAUUUGCUGCUGCAGCCCCAAGGAUGGAGCAGUUCGAAUUCCACGAUCCAACUACACGCUCCACCUGGCGCCUCUGCUCACCCGGCAUCGAGGAAAUGACAUUAAACGAAGACACAUUAACGGGCCGCAAGUCAUUACUACAGCGAUGGCAGCCGGGGGCUACCAAUCCAACCUCGACUCCUGCAGUGCACACCUACAUUGAGGAGGUCUACAUCGUCGAAGGCGAUCUUACGGAUAAGAGGCUGGAUCAGACCUUCUACAAGGGCAUGUAUGCAUACCGCAAUGCUGGCAUGGAGCAUGGGCCCUGGGCCUCGGAGCGCGGGUGCCUCAUGUUUGUCACUUGCACGCCGGUGGACAGUGGUAAGCAAUAGGGGAGGCGAUAUACCUAUACAUAGAUAGACAGCAGAUCAUAUCUUUAGGGCCAGGGUUCAAGGUUGGCGAAUGGAUGGAAUCUAGAUCUUAGAGGUUGGUAACGGUUGAUAAUCUGACAGGGAUCCGUUAGCGGCAAUAACAUUGUGAAAUAAUAUUCCACGU